AUGCAUCUGCUGGGCUCGCCAGAUGGUAUAUAUCAGUGGAUGAAUGGCGACUCAUCAUGCAACAUCAAGAAAGAGGGCCAUAGACUUACUCUUCACAACUCGGACACAAUUGCUGGAAGCUCCGUAACUCUUCUUGAAAGCGUUAACAACCUCCUUCAAUGGUCCAAGUCCAGCAUCCCUAGUGUGCUGUUGACAGUCACCGCUGGUCCUGCCUCCAUGCUGGGGCUGCAUGGCAUCAAGGGCACGCUCGACGUCGGAGCUGAUGCCGACUUUGUCAUUCUUUCAGAGCGAGAGACUACCGAAGGCAAGGCACUUGUUAUAGACGAAGUGUGGAAAUUUGGGAAAAGAAUGUACCAAAAAGCUCACAAUAGCAGUGGAAAUGAUAUAUGA